AUGGCAGAGUGUUGUGGCAGUUGUGGUUCGACAGACUUUAGUAUAGCUGAUGGUUAUUUCUAUUGCUCAUUAUGUAACACACAGUCACAGGCCUUGCGCGAAUUCGAUCAUGAAGAUGAAGGAGUUUUGGCCAAUGCGCUAGGAACGAGAGUAAGAACUGGGAAAAAAAAGCAAGCCGUAGGUCGCAAAAAAGUUUUACUCGAGGAAAAAACAUCGAAUUUUGACCGAUCUUUACCAGCCUUAAGGCAUAAAGACUUCCCAGAAUUUUUGGGCUUUUGUGGUUUACGAUUAGCAACAUUUACGAAAUUGCUUGCACGUUUCUCAACAAUUCUUAUUCAUGAUUUUGAUGUUCCUGAAUCCAUCAGGGCCCAUGUACUUUAUAUCAUUCAACGUUACCUGCAACACUGCCGUGUGGCAUUCUGUAUGGAGGAGUUAGAUGAAGAAAAUUCGUACUGUCCACUACUUAACAGCAGUCGGAGUAAUUAUGGGCAUGUAAAUCAUAAUGAUUCCUGGCUUUACAGUGAUUCACAAAAUAAAACAAGAGAAAUGGAACUGGAGAUACGAAAAGAAAUGCAGAUAAACCGAGGCAAAAGUAUUAUGUCAUUACUCGUGAAUGAUGAUAUAGACGCAAAUUUUCAUUCACAGGUCGCCGAAAAAAAUAUGGGCAAUAUUAGCUCUGUAACGAAAGUAGAAACUAAGUUAUCCGCGACUGCUGUUUGCACAGUACGUUCUCUUUUUCAAAAUCCUUUAUUUGAGCUGUUGGAUAUUCCUCUGAGUAGUGAGAUUAUAAUGGCUGUUCUUUAUGUUGGAUGUUUAUUGUCUGGUGCCACUUGGGUUCUUCUGUCCGACAUUACAAGGUGGUUUCGUGAAGGGCGAUUUUUCAUGUCUGCUCUUCAUUCAUCAGCUUUGUGUACUGCUAUACGAGGAAAUAAUGCUCAAGAUUCGAAAAGGAUGCCAUUUAGUAUAAAGAUGCCUAUCAUGCCGCUAUUUGAGUAUAUGCGAACAGUUGUUGUUCUCAGUCAGCUUUCUGAUAUCCCAGUGCAACCAAUAUCUUGUUCAUUUGAUCGAAUUUUGGCUCGUUUGAGUUAUAAUCUCAAUUUGCCUAUUGAUUUUAUGGAACGUCUUUAUGCAAUUUCUGCUAUAUUUCCUCCUAAUAUUAUAUUCGAUGCGGAAUUUACUCGUCAGUUCAAUAUUGUUGAUUUACAAGCAUUACUGGAAAAAAAGAAUAACGUACACAAUGAAAACAUUAGUUUUGCUUUAGAGCCUCAUGCUUUUUCGUGGGUACAUGGAUGUGAAAGAGCUUUUUCGAUAAUUCCCACUGCUGACGUGAAGGCUGUUGUGACAAUACUUCUUGCAUUGAAAUUAAUCUUUGGUCUUGAUGACAAUAUGGAAUAUAAUAUGGAGACCCGGGUUGACGCAGAGCGUAGUAAUAAUGAUGAUUCGUUCAAUUUCGGUGAAUGGAUACAUCAAUUAAGAAUGCGCAUGCAAAUAUGGCGUGGUCGACCCUUGAAAGAUGUUACAUAUCAACCGCACUUUUUUGCACCUAUUAACUAUCAAUCUAAGACAGUUUUUAGAUCUGCUCCUCUUAUGAAUUAUGAAGCUGAAUCUGAGAAAUUUAAUGCGUUAAAAUCACUAAAGAAUUUUUGGGGAGAACAAGUGACUCAGAUUAAUGUGGGCCGUUUUGUUGGAGGAAGAAACUUACGUUUCAAAGGUUGCGUACCUGAUCAUUUUGUCAUGGACGAAAGUGAUUACUCUUUAUAUAGUUCAUUUGAAGACGAUUGUGAUUCGAAAUACAUGCAAAGUCUCGAUAAAGAAGCUUUGUUAAGUAAAUAUAAUGUCGAAACAUUUUUUAAGUCCUUCAAAAAUCAUCGAAUGGAAUAUAAAGCUGUGAAAACAUUUAAAAACAAAAGUGUUCAACCAAGUGAGAGUUCAUUUUCCUCUGACUGGGUGCGAAAAAAGUGGCGUCAUCUUUUCCCAUGUUCGAAAAAUUAUGAGGCAUAUCCUAAACCAUUGUAUUCUCCGGCUUUAUUAAAGUACACUAAAGAGUUGGUAUAUACUCCUAUGAUUUACACACCUGCGGUGAACAUCAUAUUCCAAAACGCAUCACCAUACUUCAGUGAAUCAUUCCAUGACCUUCUUCAUAUUCUUUCCGUAAUGAUUGGCGAAGAUAUAAAGACAGUUUAUGCCUUUUUUUUAAUGCUGGAAACGAAAUUAUUACUUCAUAAAUCAUUGAAUGAUAUAAAAGAAAUUUCCCAACAUUGUAAAAAAUUUUGCACUUCUGCCCAAAUUGAAAUGUUCAAUGAUCAACCGCGAAAUGUAAAGGUGGAGUUGUGUCGUAUCAAUGAAAAUGUGAGACAACAAGAUUUUAGAUUUGAAGUCAGUUUUCAUUAUUUUUGAUA